ACCAACCUCACGCGCGCUCUCACUCUUUCCUUUUGAAAUCAGUGGCGUAUUAAUUAUUCCUCCUUGGUGAGUUGAGUCCCAUACAACGAGAGUAUCGAGGUUUGACAAAACCCAGAGAUGAGAGGAAGCGUUGAUGGGAUCUUAGGAACUAAAGAAGAAAUCUCCAGAGAAAGAAAACCAAAUUCAUCAUCAACAAGAACAAAAAAAUGGGUGAAAAGAAGAGAAAUGUGGCUUGUCAUACUUGGUGUUUUACUUCAUGCUGUUUAUAUGUUAAGUAUUUUCGACAUUUAUUUCAAAUCACCAAUUGUUCAUGGUAUGGAUCUUGUUUCUCCUCGAUUCAAAUCACCUCCUGCUAAACGUCUCGUUCUCCUCAUAGCUGAUGGAUUGAGAGCGGAUAAAUUCUUUGAACCGGAUUUAGAGACAGGUCAAUACAGAGCAUCAUUUUUAAGAAGUGUAAUUAAAGAAAAAGGUCGCUGGGGUGUUUCACAUGCUCGUCCUCCUACUGAAUCUAGACCUGGCCAUGUUGCUAUUAUUGCUGGUUUCUAUGAAGAUCCUAGCGCCGUUACUAAAGGAUGGAAAGCGAAUCCAGUUGAGUUUGAUUCAGUAUUUAAUCGAAGUCGGCACACAUUUGCUUAUGGUAGUCCAGAUAUUAUACCUAUAUUUUGUAGUGAUAUACCACAUACUACUUGGAAUUCAUAUCCUCACGAGUUUGAGGAUUUUGCUACCGAUGCGUCGUUUCUGGAUGAAUGGUCGUUUGAUGAGUUCAAGAGUCUAUUGAAUAGGUCUAACCAUGAUCCUGAAUUGAAGAAGUUGCUUCAACAGGAUAAUUUGGUUGUCUUUCUGCAUUUACUUGGUUGUGAUUCAAAUGGUCAUGCUCAUCGACCAUAUUCAAAUAUCUAUCUUAACAAUGUUAAAGUUGUUGAUAGUAUAGCAAAACGGAUGUAUGAUCUUGUUGAAGAUUAUUUCAAAGACAAUCAAACAGCUUAUAUUUUUACCGCUGAUCAUGGAAUGAGCGACAAAGGUAGUCAUGGAGAUGGGCAUCCUGCAAAUACUGAUACUCCUCUGGUAGCUUGGGGAGCAGGAGUCCAGCAACCUAAACGAUCGUCUCGUGGUCGCUAUUCCGACGAUGGUUUUCGAUUUGUUGAUGAGCAUGUGCAUCAUAUGCCUACGCCUCUUGAUUGGGGUAUCAGUGGCAUAGAUAGAGUGGAUGUUAAUCAAGCAGACAUAGCGCCUCUAAUGUCUACUCUUCUUGGAUUACCAUGCCCUGCUAACUCAGUUGGAAAUUUGCCUUUGGGUUACAUAAACCUAGAUGAGCGUGAAGAAGUUGAAGCUGCUCUGGCUAAUACAAAGCAAGUCCUUAAUCAGUUUCUCCGCAAAUCACAAUUGAAGCAGUCAACCUCGUUAAGAUUCAAGCCUUUUAAGGCAUUGGAAAAUCAUUCAUCUGUGUUGGAACAAAUUGAAGCUCUGAUAUCUGUUGGAAACUACGAGGAAGCUAUGAAGUUAUCCCAAAAUCUCAGAACAUUGUCUCUUGAAGGACUUCAUUAUUUUCAGACUUAUGAUUGGUUGAUGCUGAUGAGUGUAAUUACUCUUGGAUACGUUGGUUGGAUGAUCUGUCUUGUUCUCCAUGUACUGCAGUCUUAUACUUCUUUCUCCGGGAGUAUAAAUCAAAUGCUUCAGUUGAGAAAUAAUAGAAGCCAGGUGUAUAUCUGUGGAUUCUUGGUGAUGGCAGUGAUUUUUGUUCUACUUUUUGUGGAGUGCUCACCUCCUCUUUACCAUGUGUACACUGCGAUGACUAUAUUUCUGUGGACACAAAUAUUCAGUGAAUAUCGGUUCCUAAAAUUGCUCUGGAAAGAUUUAUCUUCGAGCAACUUUGUUUUCAGUAUGAAGCUUUUAGCCACUAGUGCAGUGUCAGUAGUCAUUCUUGAAUUCCUGGUGAAUAGUUUCACUGAUAGGAAGCUUUAUACAUAUUGUUUCCUGAUUGUGGGGGUACUUGCUGCAAUUUAUCUCUUUUACGCUAUUCCUGGAAGAUCCGCAGUACCAGUUUUUAUAUUGGUUUCCUGUUGGUUCUUGUCCACUUUUACUCUGAUGCCAGCGGAAAUUCCUGAUAACACCCCUUUGGUAAUUGCAAGUGGAUUAAUAAUCAGCGGGGUAGCUUUGGCUGUGAGGUGCUUUGAUUUGACUACUGGAGGCAGCAAAUAUUGGCAGUGCAUCUUGAAUUGUGAAGAUCAGAAGCCCAUGUCUACACUGCUCUUCUACUUGCAGGUUUUCUUGGUUGGACUUUCGUCAGUGAUGGUGUUAGUAACUACUACUCACAGAACUGAGAAAAAGGAACUUCUCAUGCUGCAUCAGUUAAUAAACUGGUCUGUAGCUGGUGUCUCAAUGGUCCUCCCAUUGUUUUCGCCUACUAGUCUCUUGUCAAGACUGACAUCUAUCUUUCUUGGUUUUGCACCUCCUUUUUUACUGCUAUCGAUUGGGUAUGAAGCCGUCUUUUAUGGUGCUCUUGCACUUGUACUCAUGGCAUGGAUAUUGUUCGAAUGUGCAAUUCUCUAUUUAACUAAAGCACGGACUUCUAGUUACAUAAAAGACGCAAGGCAUGAACAAGAGGAAAGAUGGUUGCAGUUGUCUGACUUGAGAGUGCCAAUAAUCUUUAUGGUCUUGUUCAAUGUUGCGUUUUUCGGAACUGGUAACUUUGCAAGUAUCGCAAGCUUUGAAAUUUCAUCUGUUUACAGAUUCAUCACCAUCUUCAGUCCGUUUCUUAUGUCAGGGUUACUGAUUUUCAAGCUAUUUAUUCCAUUCAUGCUAGUCAUAUGUGUGUUUAGUGCAAUAACCAAGCUAAUUGGAGUUUCACGUCUGGGUUGCUAUUUUCUUGUCAUUUUAUCUUCGGAUGUAAUGACUAUUCAUUUCUUCUUCUUGGUCCGAAAUACAGGAAGUUGGAUGGAAAUAGGUAAUACUAUCAGCCAUUUUGGAAUCAUGAGUGCUCAAGUUGUAUUUGUUUUGAUGCUAUUUGCUCUCACAAAUAUAUACACAAAAGAUAUCCAUAUAGGAUCACGUCGAUCAUCUUCUCAAAAAGCUCUGUAGUCUAGUUCUUUUUUCCAGGUGACACAAUUAGUCCACGACUAUUAGGUUAAACAACUAGAAGUAAAAGCGGGUUUCAGGAAAUUUUGACAUUUAUAAAGAGCUCUAGUGUAGGUAUUGAUAUGUUUUCAGUUGUGGCCGAGGGCGUUUCUCAACCAAACUACUUUCUGAAAGCUAGGCAAUGACAAAUGAUUGAAAAUCCAGGUAAUGGCACCUGCUGACAUGAUUAUAUUGUGUUUAUUUUUUCUUUUGUAUCGUCACAUUGUUUUGUGUAGUUUAGCUGUACCAGUGAGUUUGAUUCACCACCUUCUGUACAUCAAUACCAUAUCAACUGUAGAAAAUAUAUUUUAUGUGAUAUUGAAAUGCUAACCAGUUUCAAUUAGCUA